CAGAUACGUUGUGUAGCUGUUGGAAUAUAAGCCCCCUAAUCCCUCCCUUUGUUCUUCAUCCAAACCAUCCCUUCAUCCCUUCUCUUCUCCGCUCGUUUCUUACUUUCAUCUUCUUCUAGCUGCGCAGGUUAGCCACAGACAGUGCGUAGGAUAGCACGUGAUGGAUCCCAAAUCCAUUUUCUUCCUCAGUCUCAUAUGCAUUGCCGUCGCCGUCGUCGGAGGCCAAUCUCCUCCCACUUCUUCUCCGCCUUCGUCUCCCGCUCCUCCCACUCCCACCGGUACUCCCCCUACCUCCACACAGCCUCCACCCACUCCUCAGGGCUCUCCGCCACCGGUUCAGCAGUCUUCUCCUCCUCCGGCCCAAUCAUCGCCUCCUCCAGCUCAGUCAUCGCCUCCUCCGGCAUCGUCUCCUCCGCCGGUUUCCUCACCUCCCGCAUCACCUCCCCCUGCGUCUCCUCCUCCUGCCUCUCCUCCUCCGGCCACUCCUCCUCCUGCAUCUCCACCUGCGGCCACUCCUCCACCCGCGUCUCCUCCUCCAUUCAGUCCCCCACCAGCAACUCCUCCACCAGCAGUUCCUCCGCCGGCUCUCACACCCACGCCACUCUCAGCUCCUCCAGCUACGACUCCGGCUACUACUCCAGCUUCCACUCCGGCUUUGAGCAAGGCUCCGGCACUGUCACCGGGCCCAUCGACGGCCUCUGCUCCGGGACCAGGCCUCUCCACUAUUUCUCCAGCAGGAAGUGAUGCUAGUGGAGCAGACAAGUUGUGGAGGUCGCAGAAGUUGGGAGGAAGCUUGGCAUUAGGAUGGGCUCUGCUCUCAGUACUAUUCUAGACAUGCUUUGUGCUCUGCCUCCUCUAUUAUUUCCCUGAUACUAUUAUUAUUAUUAUUAUUAUCAUUAAUUUGUGGGUAUCAUUUCAGACUACAUUUACCUGUAUUUGGUUGAUUCCAUACAUUUGGCUUUGCAUUCUUUGGAAGAUUUUUGAGGCCACCUUUUGUAUUUUCGAGGACUUUCCUUUUCAUUAUUACGUGACUUUCAUUGCU